UGAUGCAGCGGAAGAAAAAGGGCUCCUGGUUUCCGUGACUGAGACAUUUGGUUUGUUUAUUAGGAGUGUAGAUUACAAACAGAACUGACAAGAUGCCGCCGUGUGUGACUCUGGAGACUCGGAUUUCCUGUGUGAUGGAGAGUUUGAGCCGAGCGGCGGUGGCGGAGAUCUGUAAACUGAUCAGCAGCGAGUGUGUGGAGAUGCGGUUAGAGAUCCGCAGGGGCCGGAAGGAGAUCGAAGCCCUGAAGGGGAAAAUACGGGAUCUGAAGAGAGAAGCGCAAAAUCCUUCUGUGGUCGCAGUGUCUUUAACUGAGAAUCAGCAAGAUGGAGGUAACAGAGUUGAUGAUCUCACCACAGCGCCUGAUUGCCCGAAUGAAGAAAAGGAUAAGAAAACAAACACUCCAACACCAAUGAAGAACUUGCAGGAGAAUGAAGUUCAAAGAAGCAGGGAUUCUCUUCUGAACUCCACGGGUAAACGGAAUCAGACGAGUAGAUUUUCCCCAUCUGAAAGUGGAGUUUCUCUGAAGGAGUCCCAAAUCCUCAUGGACUCUUUGGCCACUGAAGCUGGAGCCGACGUAAGAGGACUCAACACUGCGGCUAUAAAGGUGGAGAGUGCGAGUCCACCUGUGUCCACAGCCCAGUGUGUCUCUGAGGUCUUUCAAGCUGACCAUGAGCAAUGUACAAACACACACAGCCGUACAGUAGGAGAGAACAGUAAUCACUUUGGCUCUGCAGAAGAGCUUUGGCCCCAGUCUCAUUCUUCACCACAUGUGCAGAACAAACGUCUCUCUGAAGAAGAAUCAAAGUACAAAUACGAGACGGACUUUAAUCAUAUAAACGGGCAGAGGAGCAAUGACAGGAACCCUAAUCAGUUGCUUCUAAAAGCUGAGGAGAACGAAGAGCCUUUAACAAAUACAACAAGUGAACUGGCACUAUGUGAAAUGAUGGACAGCGAGGCGUUGUCAUGGCCGUCUUUGACUCCAGUGAACUAUCCGGUAAGUGGUGGAGGUCCAGGCUGCUCGUCUAUGCUACAACAGGGUGUACAUGCUACCCAUCCUGAACAGGCUGCAUUUCACAUCGGUAUGACUGGUGAGAUUGCGUAUACAGUUGAGCCUGAAGUGAAGCAGGCAGAAAGAAGAAAUAUACAGGACAUGAUUCCAACCACAGCGCUUGAACAGAGCUCCACAAUGCAACCAACAGCCGACAUGCGGUUUAAGCCGUUCUCCUGCUCUUUCUGUCCUAAGAGUUUCCAUAGUGGUGCUGAUCUGAAGAGACAUCAGCGCAGUCAUACAGGUGAGAAGCCGUAUGGUUGCGCCAUGUGUGGGAAGCGCUUCUCCCUCAGGGGGAACCUCGUCACCCAUGAGAGAGCACACAGUGGCACCAAGCCCUUUAUUUGCCACCAUUGUGGGAGAGCCUUUGCCCAUGGCUCCAACUUAAGGGCCCAUCAGCGCGUCCAUACUGGAGAAAGGUAGAACGGAAUUACGACCCGCUCGGGUCCUGCUGAGUGGAGAAGAGGAGCUGUCGGCGGAUAGCCUGCAUGCAGCUGCGGGUGAAUUGCUGAGAGCACAACCGCACUCUCGGACACACAACACGCUCGUGCACCUACCUCCUGAUCGUCAGAGUGAUUUCGGUACAUUUGCACUGAGCAUAGCUUCCAGAGAGAGACCGAUGGUUGGGGUGACCUUGCAGAAGAGACGAUUCGCCUGCACCUUUUGCAGCAAGAGCUUUGAUUGACUCGGUCAUCUUCACGACAGUUUCAUAUAAAACUAGUUAAAACAGGUUUAUUAAUCCACUGGCUUGUUGGACAGCUGUAACCAGGCAACUCUUUGACAUCAAGUUUGAACGCUCAAGAUUGCAGCUUGAACCCUUGGAGCUCAUACACUACAGUCGGUUGAGGAAUACGUUUUCCAGUAGUUGUUUUUUUUUUUUUUUUUAUUCUACUGUUUUCUUUUACUUGCACGAUUCCUUACUCUGCACACUCGUGCAAACAUAAUUAUUGUAGACUUCAGUAGCGAUUAUGAGCAUCUUUCCUUAGUUGUAGAUAAUCUAAACCUACCUACGUACCUACUUACCUAUGUAAGGAGCCAAGGCCAAAGUUAAACCAUGAGUGUGUUAAAGCAGCAGCGCUUUCUUCUGCAGAUAAAACCUGGAUAGCAUGGAACCUCCAUUGGCUUUGAUAUUGGUAUGCCAUGUUUUGUGCUUUCUUUUUAUGAAAACCAUAAUAAUCAUGGACAUGUAACUGUAGUUAACAUUAGAUUGGGAUACUGUCCCUUUUCGUUCAAUGUGCUGUCAGGUCGUAGCAGCCAAACCCAUUUAACAUCUUCAUUUUUGGGGGGAGGGGGGAGUGUAGAGAGAGAUUUUGUCCAUUAUAAAUAGGAUCUAUAGCUAAUUAUCAGGACUGGACAGGAAUACGGUAUAUGUCCUUUUGGUACUGUAAUCACAUUCUCUGGUGUGUAUUUUUUCAUCACUGGAAAGUUGGAAACAAGUUCUGAGCCAUCAGCAAACUGAAAGCAAGACCAGGCAAGGUCUUCUCACUGUAAUCGUUUCUCUGCAGACGCUGUUAAAUAAGGCAUUUCUAAGAUAUAAAUGUUUUUCAUUUUGCUUGAUAAAGAACAUGUUCAGUCAUGGUCACCGGUUCUGAUAAGAUUUACAGAAAUGAUAUUGGUUAUUCUUGGCAACCCAGAAUAUACCUUUUUUUUUUUAACCCAAGUUUCUCUCAGUUUUGUUAUUGCUAGUUCUCGCCCGCUAUCUAGAUGUCUCCUAUCUGACAACAUCCGCAAACGUGGGAGAACAACACUUGCCACAUACUUCCCCUGAGUCGUCUAAAGUCACCAUAUCUGUUUAAGUUACUGCUGAUGCAUCACUUUACAUGACCUAGCAUACUGUGGUGACGAAGGGAGGGAAAAGAGCCAUUCAUCCCACCCACAUCGCAGGACAAUUAUAUAGUCUUUAGCAUCACAGGCCAGGCAUAUAGUAUUCACAGGAGAGGGUGGUUCAUCACUGAUUAUGGACUACAAACCCCUAUUUUCAUAUGAAGAGGACAUUUGACUAGAAUGGUGGAUGAACAACAGACCUUUUCCUGCAGAGACGAAAUGGAAAAAAAUUAAAGCAGUGAGUUUCCAAAUUUACUUUGACCCUUGUAUUGCUUUACAGAUGGUAUCAACCCAAGAUAUUUCAUGAUUUUGUUCUGGUGAACGACAUACAGUACAUCCAUUCCUGUGUUUUCAGGUCUGCAACGCAUCUCAUCUCAUCUCAUUAUCUCUAGCCGCUUUAUCCUGUUCUACAGGGUCGCAGGCAAGCUGGAGCCUAUCCCAGCUGACUACGGGCGAAAGGUGGGGUACACCCUGGACAAGUCGCCAGGUCAUCACAGGGCUGACACAUAGACACAGACAACCAUUCACACUCACAUUCACACCUAC